UGGGGCGGGCCUGGAGGAUCUGGGGCGGAGCCUCCCCAAGCACGGAGUCAAAGCCUGGGGUUAGCCCCUGGGCUCCCGCACUUUCGAUUCUGCUUGCAUCGGUUGCUGACGUCCGGGGGUGGGGUAAGGCGCUCCUAGACCUUCCUUCCUUUCUAUCCCUUUGGGAGGCAAGGGUCGAGGAACCUUGUGUGUCUCCUAGCCUCACGCAGGCACUCGCGGGUAACAGGCUCGACUAACGGCCUCGGUGUCUGGCCGUUGAAAUUCUCCUUCAAUGAAGUCCCAGCUUCUGCGCUCCCCAGCUCGGGCUCCUGGCUGAGCCCCGGAAUAGGGCAGGAAGCGGCUUAGCCCUCUGAGGAGGCCGGUGUCGCUGCUCCGUCCUCCCUCCAACGUGGGCUGUUCGCUCCCCCAGGCCUCUGCUGAAGGGGGCCACUAGCCUGGCCAGCCCCAGCCGUGGCCUCUCUGGUCACCCUACCCUACAAGCCCUUCUCUCCAAAGACCAUUCCAGAAAUCUCACUCUUGGCUGACAGGAGCCCUGGAUGCCAGACCUGAACCAGUGAAAACUCCCCCUGAAUGAUGGGUGAGACAUUCUCCCAGUUGGGUUCUCGGGAGGAUGAGAACAAAUCGAUCCUGCCCCCCAGCCCAGCCAUUGGCAACAAAGCUGCCUGCUACUCCAGCAUCCGAAGCAGCAAGUCUUUCUGUUCCUGCAUGCCUCGUGAAGGAACUGCCGGUGCCAGCUUUGUGACUUGUCCCACCUGCCAGGGCAGUGGGGAGAUCCCAAGAGAGCUAGAGAAGCAGCUAGUGGCGCUCAUCCCCUAUGGGGACCAGAGGCUGAAGCCCAGGCACACGAAGCUCUUCGUGUUCCUGGCAGUGCUCACCUGCCUUAUGACUUCCUCCCUCAUCAUCUUUUUCCUGUUUCCCCGGCCCAUCUCCGUGCAGCCUGCAGGCCUCAACUCCUCCACAGUGGCCUUUGAUGUGACUGAUAUCAACCUCAACAUAACGAAUAUCUUAAACAUCUCCAAUAGUAACUACUACCCCAUCACCGUGACCCAGCUGACCAUCGAGGUUCUGCACCUGUCCCUCGUGGUGGGGCAGGUCUCCAACAGCCUCCUCCUACACAUCGGCCCUUUGGCCAGUGAACAGAUGUUUUAUGCAGUGGCCAACAAGAUAGGGGAUGAAAACACCUACAAAAUCUGUUCCUGGAUGAAAAUCAAAGUCCACCAUGUACUUUUGCACAUCCAGGGCACCCUGACCUGUUCCUGCCUGAGCCAUUCAGAGCAGCUAGUCUUCCAGAGCUAUGAAUAUGUGGACUGCCGGGGAAACGCGUCAGUGCCCCACUUGCUGGUCCCUCAACCGACGUGACCUGUCUGCUGCCCCCAAACUCCAGGCCGCUGCCAGCCUGGGCUGGAUCUCCCAGUGCCUAAGUGACUUUGCCAAAGGAAAAGCCCUGCUUUCUUAUACCUCCCCCGCCACACAUACCCCCUCAGCACAGGAAGCUCUCUGUGGAAGUUAACUUUACAGACGUGCGCACACGCAUCCCCUGAUGUCCACAAAAAAAGAAGUUUGGUUCUUCUAGGGGUUUUCCCCUUGGUCUGUCUUGAGGAAAGUCUGACCUGAUGUUCUUCAGAGCUGCUGUAGCAUCCCUUGAGUGGCACCUGCCCUUUCAGUGCUGAGCACCUUGGUUGCCCAACUUCUCUAGGGCUGGCCUUCCUCCUGCCUGAAUGAGGAAAGCUUUAAUUUUAUCUGGGUCUUAAAACAUGGAUCUUUUUUCAAGUUCUCCACCCAGGGAUGGGAUUGGGACUUGAGGGACAUCCGUGCUGUCUCAUGCCUCCCUGCUUUGGUCAUGUGACAAAGUGAUGGUGAUGGUCUGCUUCUCUCCUGGUAACUUGUCCCCUCACAGCAAGAUUGGCUAAGGCCCUUUGACCCUGCAUCCUCCCUGGUUAAAGACUGUUCCUGUUCCUAGGAAGACAGAGCCAUUCUCUGGCUAAAGCUCUUCCUGCCACAAAAUAGUUUUAUUAUUCUCGCCACAGCCGGAGCCAAAGUAGUAGGGGAGGAGAAGGAGGCACCCCCUCUGCCUAACUAAGAAAAAUGGAGAUGAAACCAGAAUCAUCUGAUAAGUUGUUUAUUGAAGGAAAGUUUCUGGCUGGUGGUGAGGCGACAAUCCUGAGUCCAUGUGGGGACACGGGUAGGUCAAAUGGUGGUCCUGGCUGCUCUCCCAUGAAAGCCUGCAGAGGUGAAGCUAUCGCGAUUCUCAAGAUUCCGCAAGCUGCUGGGUUGUGCAGCAUCCCUGGCUUAGUACCAGGUCCCGUCCUGCGCACCCAGAGUCCUCUGCUUUCCUUCAGGAAUUGACAGUAUGGAGCUGGAUAUCAGUAGGGACUGGUCUUGACCUCGCCUCUUUGCUGUCGCUCAGAUGAAGCUAAGUCCCAGAUAACCCAAUUUCCCACUGGGCUCCAGGUGGAGGCGGUUUGUUUUGUAGUUGAGCCAGAAUGGUAAUUGCUCCCUAAAGGCGGCUGUGGUUUUCCUCAGGCAGGGAGAUGAACUUAGGUGGUGGGGAAAGUGAAUGUGAAGCUGGAUGGCUGGAGAGGGGGAAGUGUCACAGCACCUGGCUAGUUGGCUGGGGGGGGGGGGUGGAGUCAAGAAGGUGCCGGCAGGAGCACAGAAGUCCAGAAAGGCCAGGCUGGAGUUUCUGCUGUAUGUAGGUUGCCGAAUGUGUAGGGUUUAUAUUGUAUUCAAUAAACUGUACUUGACAGUGUUAAAAA